AUGAAUUCACCGGAUAAUGGUACCGCAAACGUGCAAGGCCCAACAUUUUACAAUGGACCGAAAAACAGUAGCUACAUCAUACCUGGUGUUUAUGAUUUAAGCGUUGAAGAUACCAAUUGGGUGCUAACAUCUUCGUUCAUCAUCUUUACUAUGCAAACAGGCUUCGGUAUGCUUGAAUCAGGCUGUGUAUCGGUUAAGAACGAAGUGAACAUAAUGAUGAAGAACAUAGUGGACAUAGUGCUUGGUGGAUUCACAUAUUGGCUCUUUGGCUAUGGGAUGUCAUUUGGACGUGGUCCUUUGACAAAUCCAUUUAUUGCAAUCGGAGAUUUCUUGCUUGAUCCACCAGCCGGUGAUCCAUUGAUGGGACCCAUUUUCGCUGCGUUUUUGUUUCAAUUGUCUUUUGCAACGACUGCAACGACAAUUGUGUCCGGUGCAAUGGCAGAGAGAUGCAACUUUAAGGCUUAUUGUCUGUUUUCAUUCUUCAACACAGUCGUCUACUGUAUACCAGCCGGCUGGGUAUGGGGUGAGCAUGGAUUCUUGAAUAACCUUGGUGCCGUUGAUAUUGCUGGUAGUGGUCCAGUUCAUCUAAUUGGUGGUUCAUCUGCAUUUGCCAGCGCUAUGAUGCUAGGGCCAAGGUUGGGCAGGUAUGCAGAAGGUUUAGAUCCGUUACCGCUGGGUAAUCCUGUCAAUGCUUGUAUGGGACUGUUCGUUCUAUGGUGGGGCUGGUUGGCCUUUAAUUCUGGAUCAACGUAUGGUGUGAGUGGAGCCAAGUGGCAAUAUGCUGCCAGGGCAGCGGUCAUGACCAUGAUGGGAUCAUUCGGAGGUGGCUGCUUCUGUUUGAUUUACUCAAUGAUCCGGAAUGACGGGCGCGUCGAUAUGAUCGAUUUAAUCAAUGGAAUACUUGGCUCUUUGGUAUCGAUAACAGCGGGAUGCUUUUUGUAUCGAGCAUGGGAGGCAAUGUUGAUUGGUGCUAUCGGCGCAAUUUUAACCUGUAUCUCUAUGCCACUCUUCGAUAAAUGGUCGGUUGAUGAUCCAGUCGGUGCGUCUGCUGUGCAUGGAGUCUGCGGAAUAUGGGGUGUUAUUGCUGUUGGUUUGUUUGCCGAUAAUCCGGUUCCCUUGGAUACCACAAAUGGACGAAUGGGCUUCUUCAAAAGUGGCGAUUUCUAUUUGCUUGGCAUUCAAUUAUUAUCUGCACUUUGUUUGACCUGUUGGGGAAUUUGUUCGACAUUCCUUUUACUCUACAUAAUCAAUAUCUUGAUUCCGAUCCGCAUGGAUUCGAACGAAGAGUUGGUUGGAGCUGAUUUGAUGGAGCAUCGUAUACGACACUCAAAAAUUGGAAUCUCACGCGCUAUUUCCGCCUUGUCGCCGUUGCGUGUGAAUUUAGAUGAUGUAGCUAAUGUGCCUCCGAUUGGAAUGAAUCCAGGCCACGAAGGCAUCGUGGAUGAACUACAAGCUGCAAAUAACAAGAUGAAAAAGUGGAAUGAUUUCUAUGAACGUAUGGACCCAAAGAAAAAGAAUUCGAUACAAAAUAAACCGAUUGAUGUGACGCGUGCAGCGUCCGUAAAGUAUUUUUCGGUUUAUCCACGAAAAACGGCCGAGCAGUCGAAUGCUUCAGGUAGAGUUACGCCAGCCGAAAAUACAAUGCGAACAUCGACCAAUUUAAAUCAGCCAACGGCCGAAACAAGCUUCCAAGGCGAACGUUACACCAGACGAUCAACUGAAUUUGGUUCACAUCGUAGUGACACUGGUCACACAAAUUUCGCUUGGGUCGAUUAACUUCUGAAUCUUUCGGAGCAUUCUGUUGCGACUAGAACGUUUUCACUUUCAAAAUGUCGUUUUAAAUUUUUUCCAUUUAAAUAAAUUGUACGAGAAAAGAAAAAUGAGAAAAAUAAAUUUGCUGAUUCAAUAAAAACCAACUGAAGGCGUUUGCAUGCAUUU